AUGCAGAGGCCAUCGCUGUCGUUGGGAGCGGGAUGCGUUUCCCCCGGCUCCUCGAGCAGCCGAUCCAAGCUCUGGGAGCUUCUGCUGAAGCCGCGCGAUCUGCUCAAGCGCGUUCCCGAAAAUCGGUUCAAUAUCGAUAACUUCUACCACCCCAACCCGACCCACCACUCAACCACACAUGUUAAGGAAUCGUACUUCCUCGAUGAGGACCACCGCCAUUUCGACGCGGGCUUCUUCAAUAUCAAGCCCGUCGAGGUGGCCGCCAUUGACCCACAGCAGCGUCUGCUGAUGGAGGUGGUUUACGAGUCACUCGAGGCGGCUGGAAUGCCUCUUGAGUCUUUGGUGGGUUCUCGCACUGGAGUCUACGUUGGACUCAUGACUGGCGACUACUUUGAACAUCUGCACAACGAUAUCGACACCCUGCCAACCUAUGUUCCGACGGGAACAGCCCGGAGCAUCAUGUCGAACCGCAUCUCGUACUUCUUUGACUGGCAUGGCCCCUGCAUGACCAUCGAUACUGCGUGCUCUUCCAGCCUGGUGGCGGUCCACCAGGCAGUGCAGCUGCUGCGAAGCGGCGACUCGGACAUGGCCGUUGCGGCGGGAGCCAACAUGAUCCUUGGCCCCGGGCAGUACAUCGCCGAGAGCUCGCUGCACAUGCUGUCGGCCGAUAGUCGGUCCCGCAUGUGGGAUGCUGACGGGACCGGAUAUGCGCGCGGCGAGGGAGUAGCUGCGGUGGUCUUGAAGCGCCUUAGCGAUGCGAUCGCAGACGGAGACAAGAUCGAGUGCAUCAUCCGAGAGACUGGAGUCAACCAAGAUGGCCGGACCAAGGGCAUCACCAUGCCCAAUGCCUCUGCACAGAUCGACCUCAUCGAGCAGACUUAUGUAAAGGCCGGGCUGGACCCGAGGGACCCCGGUCAGCGCUGCCAAUACUUUGAAGCGCACGGAACGGGAACUGCGGCAGGUGAUCCCAAGGAGGCGGAGGCUAUCAGCAAAGCUUUCUUUCACCCCGGCGAUGACAUCUCAUCCAAUCACAGCGAUCCGCUCUAUGUUGGAUCCAUAAAGACCGUGGUUGGUCAUACUGAGGGUACGGCGGGAUUGGCUGGUCUUCUCAAAGCCUCGCUCGCAGUUCAACACGGCGUGAUCCCGCCCAACCUGCUCUUCAACAAGCUUCAUCCCGACAUCGAGCCUUUCUACACCAACCUGGAGAUCGCAACGGCCCCCAAGCCAUGGCCGGCCCUCGCGAAUGGCGCUCCACGCCGUGCCAGUGUGAACAGUUUCGGCUUUGGUGGCACAAACUCGCAUGUUAUUAUCGAAAACUUUGUGCCACCCAGUGCUGUCACUCCCUCGCGGGACAUCAAGGAUGUCGCCGCUCCGCAGUUCGUGCCGUUCAAUUUCUCAGCUGCUUCUGGAAGUGCCCUGAGAGGUGUCCUGUCCGGCUACUCGGAAUACCUCCAAUCUCACCCAAAUGUCGACAUCGGUGAUCUCGCCUACACGCUGUAUGCUCGGAGGUCCCACCACGCCGUGCGAGCCAGCGUUGCGGCAGGGUCGGCAGCGGACCUCCAGGCCAAGAUUGCCGAGCUCCUUGCCGCACCUUUGGAGGGCAAUAGUGCUUCUAGCUUCGGCACUCGUUCAAAGGCACUGUCACACCCCGUUCGCGUCCUAGGCGUGUUUACCGGCCAGGGUGCACAGUGGCCGUCUAUGGGCAGGGCCCUGGUAAAGAGCCCGUACGUUAGAAAGAUAGUCGAGGACCUAGAUCAGGAGCUCCAGCGCCUUCCUGAGCCAGGACGACCCAGUUGGACUCUUCUGGAACAGCUCACCUGCGAUGCUUCCGAGUCUCGCGUCGCCGAAGCCGCAUAUGCACAGCCUCUCUCUACCGCGAUCCAGAUCAUCUUGUACGACCUCCUCACCAGCGCAGGCGUCACUUUCCAGGCGGUUGUCGGCCACUCGUCCGGUGAGGUUGCCGUAGCCUAUUCCAAGGGCUACAUAACCAAAGUAGAGGCCAUCAAGAUCGCAUACUACCGAGGCUACUAUUCGACCAUCUGCACAUCCGACAAGCCCGGAGCCAUGAUGGCCGCUGGAGCAUCCGCAGAGGAUGCCAAUGAGCUCUGCAGCCUGCCCAUGUUCGAGGGUCGUGAUCUGUGCGUCGCCGCGUACAACUCACCCACGGGUGUUACGCUUUCUGGAGACAGCGACGCCAUUGAAGAGGCGAGGGAGAUCCUUCACGAUGAAGGUAAGUUUGCGAGGGUCUUGAAGGUCGACAAAGCCUAUCACUCGCCACACAUGAAGAAGGUGGCACCUGGGUUCCUCGAAGAACUCAAGGGCUGUGGUAUCCAGGCUCGACAUGUGACAGGAGACACUCCCUGGUUCUCCAGCACGUACGAGGACACGGAGAUGAGCGGUGACGCACAGGACGAUCGCGAUCUCUCGGGGCCGUACUGGGUGAAUAACCUGCUUCGGCCCGUGCUCUUCACCCAGGCCGUCCAAACUGCUGCUGCUGCACAAGGCCCAUUCGACUUCGCCAUCGAGAUCGGUCCCCAUGCCGCAUUGAAGGGUCCCGUUCAAGCGACGCUUCGGGAGAUCAGCGACAGUGGGGAGGCUAUACCAUAUGCGGGCCUGUUGAAUCGUGGAAAGGACGACAUCGAGGCAUUCGGCGAUGCUCUCGGCGCACUCUGGUCCCGAUUUUCUCCUUCGCCAGUUAACUUUCGGGAGGUAGACUCGACGGCAUCCGGCACGAAUGGCCGUGAGCUUCUGAAAGAUCUCCCCACGUACCACUGGGACCAUGACAGGUUCUACUGGCACGAAUCCCGCUCGUCUAGAGUCCAGGCCAUUGCCAACAAUCCCCCGCACCCGCUGCUAGGCACGAGACUACCGGAUGCCACGGAGGACGAGAUUCGCUGGAGGAACCUACUCAAGCUGAGCGAGAUGCCGUGGGUCCGCGGCCACCAGCUUCAGGGACAGGUCAUCUAUCCGGCGACAGCAUACAUUGCCACCGCUGUAGAGGCCGGUAGGUUCCUGUCGCCCGACAAUAAUAUCGCCCUGAUCGAGAUCGAGGACUUUAGCCUUGGAAAGCCGCUCGUCUUUGGAGACAACGACACCGGUAUCGAGACUGUCUUUUCACUGCAUAGCAUAACCAAGGAGGAAGGCGGCAAGAGCUUUGUCGCCUCGUUCUCCUAUCAUGCAUCCACCAACGUCGAGAUGGAACUCUUGUCCGCCCAUGCGACCGGCAGACUUCGAGUCACGCUGGGCGAGACGCACGCGCGAUGGCUCCCGUCCCGAAAGAGCGAUCCCCCCAACCUCGCCGACGUCUCAGAGGACCAGUUCUAUAGCUUCUUGGAACCCCUUGGCUACAGCUAUACCGGACCUUUCCGGUCGCUCUCUUCGAUCCAGCGAAAGCUCAACUACUCGUCCUCUGUCAUCGCAGUGCCUCCGCAGGACGACGAGCCGACACAGAUGCUGCUCCACCCCGCCAUGCUGGACACGGCGCUACAGGGCAUUUUCUUGGCCUACUGCUUCCCAGGCGACGGCAGUUUCGAACAGCUGCACGUCCCCACCGGUAUCAAGAGCUUCCGCGUCAACGUCGGCCUCUGCGAGCAGUGCCUCGGACCGAAGAGCAGCAGCGUGACGUCCUGUGCGCACCUGACGGAGAACCCAAUUACCACGAGGCGACUCCGCGGCGACGCCGACAUCUACACCCACGAGGGGGCCGGUCUGGUCCAGAUGGAGGGCAUCCAGGUCGUCGCCUUUGCCGAGCCUACGGCGGACGCGGACAAGAAGAUGUUCACCGAGUACACGUGGGCGCCGCUCAACCCGAACGGCGACCUGGCCAUGGCGGGCUACAGGGCCACCGCCGAGGACUACGAGUUCGCAGAGGCUCUGGAGAGGGUCACCUUGCAUUACAUGCAGAGCCUCACCUCCCAGUUCCCGCCCGAGGUCCGACAGACCAUGAACCUCGAGUGGCACUUUGAGUGUGCGUUUGCGUUCUACCAAGAUGUCAUUGACACCACUAGGGCUGGGACGAGGCAGUUCGCCCAGAAGAAGUGGAUUGAUGACAGCUAUGCCGACAUUGCGGCUUUGAAAGCCAGAUGGGCGCACAGGACAGAGCUGCAGCUCUGCUGUGUCGUGGGUGACACCCUGCCGGCUGUGCUUAGAGGCCAGACGACGAUUCUCGAGCACAUGACCAAGGACGGUCUGCUGGAUCGCUUCUACGAGGUUGCCAUGGGCAUCCGAGAAGUGACCAUCACCCUCGGCCGGACCGUGAAACAACUCGUUCAUCGGUACCCACGCAUGAAGAUGCUCGAGAUCGGUGCCGGCACCGGCGGAGCCACAAAGGUGAUCAUGAGCGAGAUUGGCCGCUCGUUCGCCUCGUAUACCUUCACCGACAUCUCAGCGAGCUUCUUCGAGACUGCCCAGGAGGUAUUUGACGCCCUUGGCAGCAAGAUGAUCUUCGGAAUACUGGACUGUGAGAAGGACAUCGCGGCCCAGGAAUACGAAGAGCACUCGUACGACCUGGUCGUCGCUUCGCUAGUCCUCCACGCGACUUCAGACCUCCGCCGGACCCUGACCAAUGCGCGCAAGCUCCUGAAGCCAGGCGGUUAUCUGGUCUUCAUGGAAAUCCCCAACAACGAAGUGACCCGUGCCGGAUUCGUUUUCUCUGCCACACCGGGCUGGUGGCUGGGCCAGGCGGACGGGAGGAAGCUGUCGCCGUGCGUGUCGACGCUCGAGUGGCACCAGCUGCUGCUCGAGUGCGGCUUCUCGGGCGUCGACACGGCCACGCCCGAGCACGAUGUUUUCCCCUUCACGCUGACUGUCAUGGUUUCACAAGCCAUUGACGACCGCGUCUCGUUGCUCCGCGAGCCACUCUCAUCGUUCAGGAUGCCCGACGCGGUAGAAUGGGACCUGGUUCUCGUCGGCGGCCAGACUCUGGGAACGAGCCAGCUCAUCGACCAAAUCACUCGGCUGGUGCAGCCGUUUGGUGUGAAGCAUACCGUCUUCAAGACCCUCGGAGACAUGGUGGGUGCUGCCAUAGCAGCCCCUAACAGUGCAAUCCUGUGCCUGACGGAGCUUGACGAGCCCGUCUUCCGCGCGCUCUCGGAGCGGACGCUCAAGGGGAUGCAGCGGCUGUUCGAGACGCAGGGGACAGUCCUAUGGGUCACACAGGGAGGCAGAUCCGAGGAGCCGUACAUGAGCAUGUCGAUCGGCCUCAUCCGGACCGUCAUGCUGGAAAACCCUGACCUGGUCUCGCAAGUCCUCGACCUGCCCAGCGGCGCGAAGCCCGACCCGCGACAGCUUCUGGAGCAGCUUCUCCGUCUGCGAUAUGCCGCCACGUGGGAGAAGGAUGGCAACAUCGACAAAAUUCUGUGGACGCAGGAACAGGAGCUCGCCCUCGAGAACGGGGAGAUUUUGGUUUCUCGCGCCUAUCAUGACACGGCCGCCAACGACCGGUGGAACGCUUCCAAGCGAACGAUACACAAACCUAUCGACCCGCGGGCCACUCCGGUCAGCCUCUCGCUCAGUUCCUCCAAGCCGCAUCUCGCUCUGGAUAGCUCGCUCCAACCCAGAAUGUCCACAGCUGCGGAUGACUCCUCGCAUGUUCUCAUCAAAGUCGGACACUCGCUCUUGGCGCCUGUACUCGCAAAGCCUCUCGAGCCUACCUACCUAGUCCUCGGCACCAGCACGGCGACUGGCAAGUCUGUGGUUGCUAUUGCGCCCAACAACGGCUCGUAUGCUUGGAUCGCACUUGAGAACGUAAUCGAGGUGCAGGUGCCGGCGGGUAGCGAGCCCCAGUUCCUCUCCCAGCUGGAAAAUCUGCUACGUGUCGAGAACAUGCUGUCCGUCUGCAGGAGAGACUCGAUGCUGCUCAUUCAUGAGCCAUCUCGGGAGCUGGCAUCCAGCCUCGUCGCGGCUGCAUCCAACUUGAACGUGACCGUCAAUUUUACCACCUCGUCUGCAUCAGCCACUGACGGCCCAUGGAUCACAAUUGACUCCUACGCUCAAAGGAGAGAGAUGCAGUCUUUGCUACCUCAUGGUGUUGCCGUGUUUAUCGACGCCUCCAAGGAUGCCCAAGAUCGGCUGGGCGCAUUGAUUGCCUCCUCUCUGCCCGACUCCACGCUCGGGGGUUUCACCGUCGCUGAUCUACGUUCGAGGUUGGAUAGCGCAGUGCAAUUGUCGUUGAAGAACACGGUCCUUUCUGGUGACUCGAACACCAAAUUACCGACCAUUACGCCGGAACAACUAGUCGCAGGAUCCAAAGUCGACGCGGCCAUCUUGGACUGGACCAGCACCACUGAAGCAAGAGUUCCAGUGGAGAUUACCACGGUUGACAGCCUCGUCAGCUUCAAGAGUGACAGGACAUAUGUCAUGUUUGGGCUGACGAGCGACUUGGCGCAAUCCAUCUGCGACUGGAUGGCGACGCACGGAGCGCGAAACAUAGUGCUCACGAGUCGCACUCCCAAGGUCGAUGCCAAGUGGCUAGAGGACAUGACCGAAGUUGGAGUGAGGGUGGAGGUUGUUGCAAAUGAUAUCACUGACAAGGCUGCUCUUACUUCGCUUGUGGACCGCAUACGCCAAAACUUCCCUCCCAUUGCGGGCAUCGCUCACGGCGCCAUGGUUCUCGACGACGUCGCGUUUUCCGAGAUGCCGCUCGAGAAGAUGACCAAGGUCCUGGGCCCCAAGGUCAACGGAGCCAUCUACCUGGACGAGAUCUUCCGUGCGGACGCACUGGACUUCUUUGUCUUCUUCGGCUCCGCAGCGACCAUCGCCGGCAACCGUGGACAGGCGGCCUACAGCGCCGCCAACUCGUUCAUGACGGCGCUGGCGAGCAAGCGGCGCAGCAAAGGCCUGGCCGCGUCGAUCCUCCACAUCGGCGCCGUCAUGGGUGUGGGGUAUGUCAACCGCAACAAGAUGAUGAAGGAAUCCGUGCACGACGUUCUUCGCAAGGCCGGCUUCCUGAUGUAUUCCGAGAGGGAAUUCCACCUCUGCUUUGGUGAGGCCAUCCUGGCGUCUCACCCGCACUCUAAUCGGAACCCCGAGGUUAUGACGGCGUUGAAGACGUAUGAUCUGGAACAUGUCAUCAUCCGCUGGCCCCAGUUCCCCCGGUUCCAACACUGUAUUCAGAACGAUUCCGAAAGUGACAGGAAGCCGACCAAGAAAGCGGCUGACGCGUCUGUGAACAUGCGACUAGCUGAGGCUACCACGGAGGAAGAGGUUUACGAGAUUGUGCAAGACGGCUUCGUCCGUAAGCUUCGCGCCAUGCUGCAUAUUCCAGACGACAGGGAGGCAACCCAAAUUCUGUCGUCGACAAUCGACGAUCUCGGCGUCGACUCUUUGGUCGCCGUUGACAUUCGCUCCUGGUUCAUGAAGGAGCUCGAGAUCGAGGUCCCCGUGUUCAAGAUCCUGUCCGGCGGCCUGGUCCGAGAGCUGCUCGAGGACGCCGUGGCGAUCAUGCCUGCCCGCCAAGCACCGGGUGAAACCAACUCCUUGCUGAGUCCCGAAGCAGCGAAGCCCGAUUCGACCCUGCUGUUAACCCCGGUUCCAGAAACCAGCGCAAACUCGUCGACCCCAAGUAACUCGGGCGACGAUGACCAAGACAAGCAAGAGUCAUCGUCUGCCACGUCUGCCUCAGUGGCAGACUCUACCGAGGUCUCCAAGCCAUCCUUUGACAAGGUUCUGCCAGUGUCUCCCGGUCAGUCCAGGUUUUGGUUCCAGAAGCACAUGAUGGACGACCAGACAACGGCAAACAGCACCAUAUGCCUCCAGAUCAAUGGCACCAUCAGGAUCGGCAGCCUUGAGAGCGCAGUCCAGAAGGUUGCGGCCCGCCACGAGUCUUUCCGCACCUCUUUCUUUGUGGACGAGAACCAGAAGGCCGUGCAGGCCAUCUUGGGAACAUCGUCUCUGCGUCUAGAAACGGUCAUUCUUGGCGAUGAGUCGCGCGUGGCUCACGAAUUUGAAAAUCUCAAGAACUACGUGUUUGAUAUCGAGCACGGCGAAUGCAUGCGCAUCAUCCAACUCGGUCUGACACCCACCAAGAGCUACCUCCUCGUCGGAGCCCAUCACAUCAUCGUGGAUGGGAUCAGCUUGGAGGUCAUCCUAGACGAUCUACAGAAAGCCUACAACGGCCAAGACCUUGUCUCCGAGCCGGCAUACCAGUACUCAGCCUACUCCGAAAAGAUGCGCGAGGACUUGACAUCGGGCGCCCUGCGACGUGAGAUCGAGUACUGGCAGUCGGAAUUCGCAGAACCGCCCUCACCCAUUCCUCUACUCCCCUUCUCGGCGGCAACGAAACGCGCCCCUCUCACAACGAACGCGCACAACUCGGUGACCCGUACCAUAAGCUCCCAGCUUGCGGACCAGAUCCAGCGCGCGUGUCGUGAACGCAAGGCAAAUCCUUUCCACUUUCACCUGGGCGUGUUCGAAGUGCUCCUGUUUAAGCUCUUCGGCGAGAGCGACAUCAACAUCGGCAUGGCCGACGCCAACCGCUGGGACGACCGGGUCGCUAGGAGCAUCGGCAUGUAUCUGAACUUGUUACCGCUCCGGUUCCGGCUGGACAACAAGCAGUCGUUUGACGAGGUGCUCAAGCAAACGCGCAAGAAGGCCUAUUCCGCCAUGUCCAAUUCGAGACUGCCAUUCGAUAUCCUGCUCGAAAAUGUGAACUGCGAGCGGUCGACGGCCUUUAGCCCCCUUUUCCAGGCAUUCAUCAAUUACCGUCAGGGUGUAAGCGAGAAGCGACGGUUUGAUAAUGCCGAGCUGGAAGUCACGGCGAUGGAGCUUCCCAGAGCCGGCUAUGACUUGUCCCUGGACAUCAUCGAGAACCCCGGAGGCGACACUCGCGUCUCCUUCAUGGUGCAGAAGAGCCUGUACUCUGAUAGCGAUGCAUCUCGCUUGAUGGAUAUGUACUUCGCCCUAUUGAACGACCUAUCUCGGUCUUGCGAUCAGGAGCUCCAGCAGGUGUCAUUGUUCUCAAGCGAGGAUAUCAGCAAUGCAAUCCGGCUUGGGAAGGGUCCCAUGAUGCCUUCCAAGUGGCCGGAGACUCUGGUGCACCGCGUCGACGAGAUGAUUGCCAAGAACCCUAAGAGUGUUUCAGUCAGAGACUGCAACGGCAAAUCAUGGACUUAUCAGCAGCUCGAUACAGAGGUUGAAAAGGUCUCGUCCGCCCUUCUCGAGGCAAACACGAAGCCCGGUUCGGUCGUGGCCAUCUUCCAGGAGCCGUCUCCCCACUUUGUAUCCUCCCUGCUUGCCAUCCUGCGGGUUGGCGCCGUCGCCGUGCCUCUGGACUUCAACAUCCCAACAACAAGGCUCGGUACCAUGAUCAAAGAGUCCAAGUGCUCGGCUCUGCUCACCAACACCACGACAGCUGCUCAGACCGCAGACCUGGGCCUUUCAACUUCUGUCGCCGUUGUGGAUGUUCUCCGCAUCCAGGACGCAAAUCUAGUUCGCCGUACGGUUCCCGCCCGGGCCAGUGACCCGGCAGCGGUCUUCUUUACCAGUGGCACCUCCGGGGUGCCGAAGGGCGUGGUCUUGUCUCACGGCAGUUUACGCAAUCACGUAGAGGCCUUGGUGCACACGCAUAGGUUUGGGCGGGAGACAGUCUUGCAGCAGAGCUCGGUGGGCUUCGAUAUGUCUCUGAACCAGACCUUCAUGGCCCUGGCCAAUGGCGGGACUCUCGUCAUCGUUCCCGAGGCUCUUCGCAAAGACCCUGUUGCGGUGGCCAAGAUCAUGCGCGAGCAGAACAUCACCUACACAAGCGGCACCCCAUCCGAAUAUCUCGCUUGGCUCCGGCACGGCGCAACUAGCCUCUCCCAAAGCACACACUGGAGAUAUGCGACGGCCGGUGGCGAGAAGUUCCCAUCAGAGCUGCUACAGUGCUUCCGCCAGCUCGGCGGCCUCUUCGGACGCGAUUUCCACUUCUUCAAUGCCUACGGCCCGACCGAGGGCUCCUUUUCUUCGAGCGAGAUGGAUCUCAGCCUAGGAAGCCACCUAGAGGACGGGCAUAUUCCGGCCGGUAGGACCCUUCCGAACUACGGUAUCUACAUUAUGGACCAGAACCUAAGCGUCCUGCCCGUCGGGUGGUCCGGAGAAGUCUGCAUUGCCGGCGCUGGUGUGGCCAUAGACUAUAUCAACAAUGCCGAGGAGUCGCGGAAGAAGUUCCUGACGGACCCUAUGCCGACGUCAGUGGCUAUCCAAAACGGAUGGACCAGGAUGUACCGAUCUGGAGAUAAGGGCGUCCUCCGGUCUGACGGCACCUUGGAGAUCAUUGGCCGCAUGGAGGGAGACACGCAGAUCAAGCUCAGAGGUCUACGCAUCGAACUGCAAGAUGUCGAGCAGUCUAUCCUGGACGCAGCCAAGGGACGGGUUAAGACGGUGGUCGUCACGCCUCGUGGUGACCCAGCACUCCUCAUUGCGCAUGCGGUGCUGUCGCCAUCGGAUGCCUCAGCGGAGAACGAAGUCGAGUUCCUCCGCAAGCUCGCCGCCUCGCUGCCCCUGCCUCAGUACAUGCGCCCCGCGGCCAUCGUCCCUGUCCCCUCCCUGCCCCUGAAUGCAUCCGGUAAAAUCGACAGGAAAGCCCUCCAAAGACUUGCCAUUCCAAGCAUAUCCCAGGGACCAAAAUCGACAGGAGAAGAGCUUACAGAGACCGAGUCCAAACUGUGUCAGAUCUGGCGAGACACGCUGCCAAAACAGCUGGAGGAGGUGCACCAAAUCGACACCGCUUCCGACUUCUUCCAUGUCGGUGGCAACUCGAUGUUGCUUAUCGAGCUGCGACAGCUCGUCAACGAAAGGUUUCAAGCCAACCUGCCCCUGAUCAAGUUGUUUGAGAACAGCACACUGGGUGCCAUGGCAGCAAUGAUCCAGGAUCUCUCAUCGGAUGCCAAUACCGCGAUAGACUGGGCGGCUGAGACGGCGAUCCCCGAAGACCUUCUCGAAGCCCGCACACAGCAAGUCCCGACAGUGGCAGUACAAAACAGCAUGUCUCCUAAAAUUGUGGUAAUGAGCGGCGCGACUGGUCUCCUGGGUAGCGCCCUGCUUCGACUCCUCGUCGACUCCCCCAAUGUCAGCAAGAUCCACUGCAUCGCCAUCCGCGACACCAGCAAGCUGGCCGAGUUUGCCAGCUCCCCCAAGGUCGUGCUACACAAGGGUGACCUUGCCCUUCCGCGCUGCGGGCUCUCGGAAGCCGAGGUCGAGUCAAUCGCGGCCUCGGCAGACGCCAUCAUCCACAACGGCGCAGACGUCUCCUUCCUCAAGACUUACCGCUCCCUCCGGGCCCCUAACCUCUCCUCCACCAAGGAGCUCGUGCGGCUCGCGUCUGCCCGCCGCGUCCCAUUCCACUUUGUGUCGACUGCCACGGCGGGCAAGUUCAACAAGUCCGACACGCUGGCCCCCGAGUCGCUCGCGCGCUUCCCGCCCCAGCAAGGCGGCGCCGGGCUCGCAGACGGCUACGCGGCGUCAAAGUGGGCCAGCGAGGUGUUCCUGGAGAAGGCGACCCGGGAGCUUGGCCUGCCAGUCUUCAUCCACCGGCCGUCGGCCAUCAUGGGCGAUGAGGCGGGCGACGACAUCCUGUCCAACGUCCUAGAGUACGGGUCGCAGACCAAAGCGCUCCCCAACUCGAGCCGCUGGACCGGCUACGUGGAUCUGGUGUCUCUCGAGAAUGCCGCUGGCGGCAUCGGUCGCUCGGUCUUGCAGGCGGCGUCGCCGGCCGCCCGAGUUGAGUAUCUGCACCAUGCGGGCGACCAGGUCAUCCCCGUGCAGAGCAUCCGUGACCUGCUCAACGGCGAGGGGGGUGCAGACUUGGAGUCGCUGCCCAUGGGCGAGUGGGUGGAUGGCGCUGUGCGGAGUGGCAUGAAUCCGCUGGUGGGCGAGUUCCUGCGCAAUGCGGACGAGAGUGGUGGCCUGCUGAUCGGACAGAAACUGUUGUUGCGCAAGGGAGAGUAG